CCAUUUUAAUGACAAUGAAUUCACUCUUCUCACCAUCAUUGACCUCACUCUCCUCACACUCCUAAGCCAACCUCUCUUCUUAGUUCUUACUUCUACACUUGGAAACCCUACACCCUCAACACUCCAAAACACUCCUUACUCUUUUCAUUUCAUCCUUUUGUUUUAGUCCUUCAUGGCCCUCCAUUAGCUUUCAUGGUGGACUACUCCAAUUGGGAGACAUCCUCAGAAAAAAGAAAGUCUCCUUAGUCUUCUCUUUUAUGGGGGCUUUGCUAGCUCCCAACCAACACCACCUACAUUGCUAACUCCAUAUGUUCAAAUUCUUAUACCUCUUCUUCUUCUUCUUCUUCUUCUUCUUCUUCUUUUCAUCAACAACAAUCUUGUUAACGUGGCAAUGAGACCAAUGACUGCCUUGACUGUUAUUGCAAGUCUGGCAAAUGAUCUCAUAAGCUUCAUUGUCUUCUCUGCACUUGAUCUUUUAGACUUCCUCCUUUGUUUCGUCUACAAACUGGUAGACUAUGCAAUGGAAGCAGAAUGGAGACCAUGCUACUGCUCAGGAUCCGGCAAAGACAUGAUUAUGAACAGUGGCAAAAUCCUAAUCUCCGACAAUGGUGGCUCCAAAGUCCUUUCCCUUUGCUCGAGCAAGCUCGAGCUCGAGGACAUCUCCGACACACUCUAUUCUCGUCCUUCUCUCGUCUCUGAGAUCUCAAGAUCACUCAAACUCGAAAGAAAACAUCGGCAAACUACAACUACUUCAUCAACAACAACUACAUUUACUAUCAACUCAACCAUCAUUGAGAUGCUUCAGUGCAAGAUCGGUGGUCGACAAGCUAAUCCAGUCCCUCGCUGGUCAGAUUGCCAUUGCAAAGAUUGCAGUUCUUGGUGCUCUCCCGGCGGCUCACCGGACACUCUCUUCAUCCGAUCACUAAUUCCACCAGAGGCUGAAGAAGACGUGUUGUUCAUUCAUGGAUUCAUAUCAUCAUCAGCAUUCUGGACAGAGACAGUGUUUCCAAACUUCUCAGAAGAAGCUAAAUCCAAGUACAGGAUGUUCGCCGUCGACUUACUCGGGUGCGGGCGCAGUCCAAAGCCCGGCGACUCACUCUACACUCUCCGUGAACACGUCGACAUGAUCGAGCGCUCGGUGAUAAUUCCAUUUAACUUGAAAUCCUUCCACAUUGUUGCACAUUCUCUUGGCUCCAUCCUUGCUCUCGCUCUCGCUAUCAAACACCCCAACUCCAUCAAGUCCCUGACUUUACUCGCUCCGCCGUAUUUUCCGGUGCCGGAGGGGGAGAAGGGAACGCAAUACGUGCUGAGAAGAGUGGCUCCGAGGAGAGUGUGGCCAUUAAUGGCAUUUGGAGCUUCAUUGAUCUGUUGGUAUGAGCAUCUAAGCCGCACCAUUUGUUUGUUGUUAUGCAAACACCACCAACUCUUGAAGUUCAUCUUCAAGCUCAUAACCUUCAACCGGAUUAGAACGUUUUUGAUGGAUGGAUUCUUUUGUCACACUCAUAAUGCAUCAUGGCAUACAAUGCACAACAUCAUAUGUGGGAGUGGUGGUAAACUGGAUGAUUAUCUUGAUAUUGUUAGAGAUGAGCUCUGUUGUGAUGUCACUGUGUUUCACGGUGGUGCUGAUGAGCUUCUCCCUGUGGAGUGUUCUUUGGCCGUUAAAGCUAAAAUUCCGAGAGCUCAAGUUAAUGUAGUUCAAGAUAUGGAUCACAUUACCAUUGUUGUUGGACGGCAGAAGGCUUUUGCUAGAGAUUUGGAAGAGAUUUGGAAAAAUACUAAAAAUUGCAGGCAAUUAAAUGAAAGGAAUGAGUCUUGAUCAUCUUAACAAAUAUAUAUAUAUAUAUAUAUUUUUUAAUUUUUGGUUUUGAGAUUCUAAAUAUUUUUAACCUUCUUAAUUUAAUUAGAUUAUUGUGUGUUGUGUAUCAUUGUUAGUCAUUUUGAGCAUUGUUCAAUUGUGAAUUGUGAAAGACU